UAUAUGCUGUCCAAUCAGCAGCUGCCUGGUCAUAGCAGCCUGGAAUCCUGUAACCUCAGCAUUCUUGAAGAGCCAUGGUGACAGACAGCCUCCUCUGCGUGGUGGAGAAAGAUGGUGUAGCCCUGCAGCCCGCUUCAUGCUUCCAAGGCUGGAGAACACACAUACACCUUCAGUGUUGGUGUCAUUUGAAGAUGUGGCUGUGGAGGUUACCCAGGAGGAAUGGCAGUACAUGGACAACACUCAGCGGAACCUGUACAGGGAUGUGAUGCUUGAGACCUAUCACAAUCUGCUGUCCUUGGGGUACAGCUUGACAAAGCCUGAUGUGAUCUUGAAAUUGGAGCAAGACUCAGCACCACGGACAGUGGACAAAGCUGUAAACCAGGGACUUCCAGAUUCCUACAGAAAGAAUGAACUGCUUGGAGCUAAUCAAAAAAGUCAAGAAAUAAUGUUCAGGCAAGUUGUAAUCAUGGAAAGUGUAUAA